GUUAUUAAUGACCGCUGAGCGGGCAGCACCAUGUCCGUGUGACAGCUGAUCGGGUGAGCGAUGCGCCACUAACCGCCGUGGAGGAAGGAAGGGAGGAGGAGGAGGGGGAUAAAAAGCAGCUCGCCGCGGUCGCCUGCAGUGGAGCGCACGGCUCUGGCCAGGCAGAAACAGAUCAGCAGCGCAGGAAGCGGGAGCAGCUCUGUGACCGGCACCAGCACCACCAGGAGGGACGUGUGUCGGCGAAUACAGAUGCUAUGGAGAGCAGGAGGGGCACGGAUAGCAGCGCACACGGCGGGGAUUAAAGGAAUACAGUCGGCUCCAUGUGCCGGGAGGAUCUGCAGAGCCGAUGGACAAGUGAUAGAAGAUACUAAUGACAGAAGCCUGAGCAAUUAAUCCUCUUCAGAGAAGCUCUCGCACUUGGCUCAUCCAUGGGCUCGCUGCCUCUGCUCCUUGAAGGACGAGACGACCUUCAUGAAUCCACCAUGCAUGACAACCUCAUGUGAGACCGCUGAAAGGUUUCUCCGCUCAGCCGAGGAAAACGGCACCGCCAACUGGGACACUAAUCAGGGGGAAAUGUCUGUGGCAUCGCCUCGGUAAAAAAUGGCUCUCCUCUUCCUGAAGUUAACGGUAGCAACCGUUGAUUCUCUAAGCACCAGUUACAAGCUAAGGAAAAACGGGGCCAAAAUGAAGGACGUGGCAUUUGUGUUCUGGCUCAUUAUGGGAGUCGCUAUGACUACUGCACUUCCUGCAACAGAGGAAGAAGCCAGCUGUCCCCAGUCAUGUGUUUGUGAAAUCAGACCAUGGUUCUCCCCAAGCUCUAUUUAUAUGGAAGCCCCCACUGUUGACUGCAAUGAUUUAGGACUCUCUGUCCUACCAGAAAAAUUACCAGCGGAUACACAAGUAUUACUGCUACAGACUAACAACAUAGCUAAAAUCGAGAGGUCCCUGGAAUACCUAGCUAACCUCACAGAGAUAGAUGUGUCUCAGAACAAUCUGUUCGCCAUUGGGGAUGUAAACUUGGGUCAACUUCACCAGCUUUUGUCACUGCACAUGGAGGAGAACUGGAUUCGUGUUCUUUCCGACAGCUGCUUCUCUGAGCUAACUGACCUCCAAGAGCUCUACAUCAACCACAACAAGAUUUCCAUUAUUGUGCCUGGGGCAUUUCUGGGGCUGAAAAACCUAUUGCGACUCCACCUAAACUCUAACUGGCUGGAGGCCAUCAGCAGUGAAUGGUUUGAAGCCACACCACGGCUGGAAAUCCUCAUGAUUGGAGAAAACCCGGUUGCUAAGAUCGCGGACAUGAACUUCAGGCCACUCGCUAACCUCCGAAGCCUGGUCCUGGCCAGAAUGAACCUAUCAGACAUACCUGACAAUGCGCUGGUCGGCCUUGAGCAGCUUGAGAGCAUCUCGUUUUAUGAUAACACCUUUGCCAGAGUUCCACGCACCGCCCUGAAGAAGGUUCAGAGUCUCAAGUUUCUGGACCUCAACAAGAAUCCCAUUCAGAGGAUACAGAGAGGGGAUUUCGUGGACAUGCUGCACCUCAAGGAGCUGGGCAUUAACAGCAUGCCUGAGCUUGUGUCCAUCGACAGCUUUGCCCUUAGCAAUUUGCCAGAACUGACCAAAAUUGAGGCAACAAACAACCCCAAGCUGUCCUACAUCCAUCCAAAUGCUUUUCACAGGCUGCCCCAGCUGGAAACACUCAUGGUGAACAGCAACGCCUUGAGUGCCUUGCAUCGUGUUACUGUGGAGUCUCUACCCAACCUCCGGGAGGUGAGUUUGCACAGCAACCCCAUCCGCUGUGACUGUGUUGUCCGCUGGAUGAACGCCAACAGGACAGCCAUUCGUUUUAUGGAGCCAGAAUCGUUGUUCUGUGUGGAGCCGCCUGAGCUGGAGGGUCGGCAAGUUCGGCAGGUGCACAUCCGUGAGAUGACAGAGGUAUGCCUGCCGCUCAUCUCUCCCGGGAGCCUCCCAGGGAUAGUCCAAGCACGCAAGGGGAGUUCACUGUCUCUUCACUGCCGGGCAUUUGCUGAGCCUGAGCCUGCUAUCUACUGGGUCACGCCCUCAGGAAAUCGGAUCCUACCCAGCACCUUCUCCAAGAAGUACUACGUGCAUCCGGAGGGCACGUUUGACAUCUAUGACAUCACGGAACGUGAAGCUGGAUUAUACACAUGUGUUGCGCAUAACUUCGUUGGUGCGGACCUCAAAUCAGUCUCUGUGGAGGUCGAUGGUUACUUUCCACAGCCAAAAAAUGGGUCCUUGAUCUUAAAGGUUGAAUCUGUGAUGCCAAACUCCAUUCUAGUAUCUUGGAAGGCGUCUCUCGGCACCCUGGCUGCAAACGUUAAGUGGUCCACGACUGCAACGCAAAGCAAGCCCACGCUGGUCUUCACAGUGAGGGUCCCAUCCAACGUGAAGGCGUACAAUCUAACACACCUAGAGUCCUCCACACAGUAUAAGGUGUGUGUGGACAUUCCCAGCAUCCGCUACAGGAGACACGGAAAAUGUGUUGACAUCACCACAAAGGGAAUAGAACUUGCAGCGAUGAACUCGGAGUGGCAGGAUGCCGCUGCCAUCAUGUCCCCCACUGCUCUUUUGGCCAUGGUAUCCCUUGCCUGUUUGCUCAUCUGCGUGAUGAUGAAGAACCGUCUCGUGUCUGGAGAGUCGAGGAAAUCGGAGUCUAAGACCUUGCUGAAUCCCCUGGCUGAAUCGCCCUCCCUACAGAGGAGAUUUUGGGACUCUACUAAGGGGCCGGCCAGCGUGGUCCAAGUGAAGGCCACAGUUUUAGAGGUGUCCAACAACUCCAUAUAAAGAAACAUACCUUUCAGUUAUAAGUGUGUGGAUUUCUUGCAAAAAAAUGACCUGAGAUUGGACAAAAGCAAAUAGGGAAAGCACAAAGCACGCAAGUCCCUAAAUAUGCAUUUCUUGCCCCGACAUUGAUGUUCUGGAACACUGCAAGAUUCUGUUUUGGAGGGGGGUUCCUAAUGGCAAGAGGCAGACGUUCCAUAAGCCAACGUUAAUGGAGAAGUGGUCUACAGCAACUGUAUUAACAAGCAUCACAGGGAUUAUCACUCAGCACGUGGCUCCAGUUGCUGGGUAUUGGCUGUUAUCCAAUGAACAAACAGAACCAAGGGCAGGUGAAAGUGUUGUCCCUUACUGGUUGUUAUAUAUGUAAAGAAUAGUGGAAAUAUCCUUGUGGUCCCAAGCAAUACCUUGUGUGCUGUAUUAAAUAAAUAGGCAAAAUUAGACAUGCCACACGUGAUGUUUAUAAUGGAAAAAACCUAGUAGAAUAGAUCAUAAUGGUGACUAUGAUGUAAGACUUUUAUGAAAUAUACAUUUUUUAUUAAAAAGGGGGCUUUGUCUUUUUUUAUGUUGGUAAACGUUUUAUUACAACGGCCCGGAGAACCAGCUGAAUACAUGGUCCUAACUGCACGUUGUUGAUGAAGCAGCGUGUUUGUAUUAUCAGGGGUCCGGGCACUAAAUUAAAUGUCAUGCCGUCACUGGGUGAAAAUGACGUGCAUAUUCCAUGGACGGCUGCAAAUGGAUACGGGGUCUCCCCUAAGGGAUGGGGUGGGGUACGUUUAACAGUAAAGAAACGUAUGUUGAUUCCUUGUCACUAUUAAUGAAUUCGGUGUCUCUGAAAGUACCAGAUGAGGCCGGUUUUUCAAAUGUCAGUGAGCGGCUGUAACGAAAGUGGAACACGGACCUAAGAUUUCUAGAGACUGUGAACAAGGGAACACGAGCAAAGCCCCCUGAACAACAAUUAUGAGCUCUAGUUUAAUGUUCCAACAGCAAGAUAACUAUCUUGGGUUAUAAAAACGCUGGAAGACAGCUUGAAGUUUCAACUAUUGUACUGCUUGUGAAUAAAAUUCUACCCACAAAUAA